AUGCAGCAAAUGUGGGCGAAGGAAUCUGAGUUCCGCGCUUUCCUUCAGAGCACAGGCUGGUUGCCAGAAGAGGACCGCAAAGAAAUCGAAGCAGCAUGGAAGGCCUGGAAUCAUGCAGAGGAGGAGAAGAAGCGCCUGGAAGAAGAUCGGCGUAAGGAAGAGGAGGAAGCCGCUCGCAAGCGCCUCGAGGAGCAGCGCCGCCGCCGAACAGAGGCGGUGGAGAAGCUCCUUGCUGACCAGUGCGGCGAAAUCAGCAAACUUCAGGGUGCCAUCAACACGGCGCUGGGUGCUGGCGUGCCCGAGGGCGAUAACCUGGUGGCCGAUGCGACGCAGCGAGUGCAGGAGCUACACAGCGCGGAGGAGCUUCUGCAGCAGGUGCUGGCCAGCGGUGCCAGUGGAACAGCUGCCGUCCAAGAGCUGCAAAAUGCUGUCGAGCACGCGACGGCCGCGGGCCUCACAAGUGAUCUUAUCCAACAGGCCAGGGACAAGAUCACUCAGAUUCAAGGAGCGCUGUCGGCCGAAGAGGAGGCAGAGAGAAAGCGCAAGGAGGCAGAAAGACUGAGGAAGCUCCAAGAGGAGGCGAAGGAGCGUCGGAGAAAAGCGGAGGAGGAGCGGAAAAGGAAAGAAGAGGAAGACCGACUCAAGAGGGCAGGCGAGCCCAAGAUCGUGGAGGCAAACCUCACACUGUUGAAGUCCGUGGCAGAGAGGAAUGGUGAGUUCACUGAUAACGUGUUCACCCCUGCGGUUGAGCUGUUUCUGGACGGCUUCAACCCCAACGACAUUCACCAAGGAGAGCUCGGUGAUUGCUGGUUCCUCUCUGCGAUUGCUUGCUUAUCAGCCCAUGGCAAACUGGUAGACAAGCUGUUCACAUACUACGAUGCUGAGAAGGGUCUCUAUGUGGUACGUUUCUACAAGAACGGCGUCUUCCAGGAGGGAUCUUGUGGCGCUGGGGGUUGA